AGUUAAGAGAGAGAAAUGGCGAGACGCUUCUUCACCGUGUCACGUCUGGCUGCUACGCUUCUUUUCCUGUGGUCGAUCCCGGCCAUGGCCUCCAAGCCCGGCCGCAGCCUGGUGGCGGAGCUCCCCCCCGCCCGGCGGCCGACGGCGGCGAGCGCUACUAACCCCAACUCGACGGCCGACUACCUGGAGGUCCACAACCUGGCGCGAGCGGCGGUGGGGGUGGGGCCGCUACAGUGGAGCUCGGCGCUGGCGGCGGCCGCGAGUCGGUUCGCCAGGCUGCAGCGGAACUACAAGCACUGCGAGCUGGCGGGGUCGACGACGACGCCGUACGGGGAGAACGAGUGCUGGGGGAAGGGGCGGCCGAUGAGCGCGAGGGAGGCGGUGGAGACGUGGGUAGCGCAGAAGGCCUAUUACAACUACGCCAACAACUCCUGUGCUGGCGGCCACCAGUGCGGGGUGUACACCCAGGUGGUGUGGAGGAAGACGGCGAGUCUGGGCUGUGGCCAGGCGAGCUGCGACCAGGGUGACAUCACCCUCACUAUCUGUUACUAUGACCCUCCCGGUAACUUCCAGGGAGAGCGUCCCUAUUAGCUGCUACCUACCCAUUGAUCUCCAUCUUCCUCUUUCUUUUCUGUCUUUUUUCUUUUUUCCAAGAAGAAGAAGGAGAUGGUGAUUGUGGCAACGAAGGCCAACUUCUUCUUCAACAUCUAUGUGUUGCUUUUGCGUCAUCUUUAUAUCUACGUCUUACCUUCUAAGAAAGAA